GAGGAUGCAUUGGCGGCUGGGAUGAAUUUGAGCUGACGGAAGGAGGCGUUCGGAGAGGAAAGGGAGGAAAAUGAAAGGCGACCACAGUUCCCAUGAUGCCUGGAGGGGAGACUACAUUUCCCAUUAUUCCCCUGGAAGGGACGUGAGGAAGAAAGACUGCAAGUCCCGCGAUGCUCUCGGCUGGCAGGUGGCGGAGAUUGCACCGGAAGACGCUUCCUGGGUUUGAGGAGUUCAGUGACUGCUAUUGAACCACCAAAAGUCCAUUAUGAAACUGUAUUGCCUGUCAGGGCACCCAACCUUACCAUGCAAUGUGCUCAAAUUCAAAUCAACCACCAUUAUGUUGGACUGCGGACUGGACAUGACUUCUACUCUCAAUUUCCUUCCUUUGCCACUUGUUCAAAGUCCCAGGCUGUCCAGUCUUCCUGGCUGGUCCCUGAAGGAUGGAAAUGCUUUCUUGGACAAGGAGCUAAAGGAGUGCUCGGGUCAUGUAUUUGUGGAUUCUGUGCCGGAAUUCUGUUUACCAGAGACGGAGCUAAUAGAUCUGUCUACAGUAGAUGUGAUUCUCAUCUCUAACUAUCACUGUAUGAUGGCGCUGCCAUACAUCACCGAGCACACCGGCUUCACAGGCACAGUGUAUGCCACGGAACCCACUGUCCAGAUCGGCAGGCUUCUCAUGGAAGAGCUGGUGAAUUUCAUUGAAAGAGUGCCAAAGGCUCAGUCUGCCUCCUUGUGGAAGAAUAAGGACAUUCAGAGGCUGUUACCUUCUCCUCUCAAGGAUGCAGUGGAAGUCUCAACCUGGAGAAGAUGCUAUACAAUGCAAGAGGUGAACUCUGCCCUUAGUAAAAUCCAGCUGGUGGGAUAUUCUCAGAAAAUUGAGCUUUUUGGUGCGGUCCAGGUGACUCCUCUGAGCUCUGGCUAUGCCCUUGGGAGCUCCAACUGGAUCAUCCGGUCUCAUUACGAGAAAGUGUCUUAUGUCUCUGGAUCCUCCUUGCUUACCACACACCCCCAGCCCAUGGACCAAGCUUCUCUCAAAAACAGCGAUGUUCUUGUUCUGACAGGGCUUACCCAGAUCCCCACUGCAAACCCAGAUGGAAUGGUGGGAGAGUUCUGCAGCAACCUAGCUCUGACAGUCCGGAAUGGAGGAAAUGUGUUGGUUCCGUGCUACCCUUCUGGAGUGAUCUAUGACCUCCUGGAGUGCCUAUAUCAGUACAUUGACUCAGCCGGGCUCUCCAGCGUCCCCCUCUACUUCAUCUCCCCUGUGGCCAACAGUUCACUGGAGUUUUCCCAGAUCUUUGCUGAGUGGCUUUGUCACAACAAACAGAGUAAGGUGUAUCUUCCAGAACCGCCUUUUCCUCAUGCAGAGCUCAUUCAGACCAAUAAGCUGAAGCACUACCCCAGCAUCCAUGGAGACUUCAGCAAUGACUUCAGACAGCCCUGUGUGGUGUUCACCGGGCACCCUUCCCUCCGCUUCGGGGACGUGGUCCACUUCAUGGAGCUCUGGGGAAAAUCUAGUCUCAACACCGUCAUAUUCACGGAACCAGACUUCUCCUACCUGGAAGCCCUGGCUCCUUACCAGCCGCUGGCCAUGAAAUGCAUCUACUGCCCCAUCGACACCCGGCUGAACUUCAUCCAGGUGUCAAAGCUGCUUAAAGAAGUGCAGCCCCUGCACGUGGUGUGUCCCGAGCAGUACACCCAGCCGCCCCCAGCCCAGUCCCACAGGAUGGACCUCAUGAUCGACUGCCAGCCCCCUGCCAUGUCCUAUCGGCGGGCUGAGGUUCUCGCCCUGCCCUUCAAACGUCGGUACGAGAAGAUCGAGAUCAUGCCGGAGCUCGCAGAUUCACUGGUGCCCAUGGAGAUCAAGCCUGGCAUCUCCUUGGCAACUGUCUCGGCCGUGCUGCACACCAAAGAUAACAAGCACUUGCUUCAGCCCCCUCCUCGACCCGCCCAGCCCACGAGCGGGAAGAAGAGAAAGCGGGUGAGCGAUGACGUACCGGACUGCAAAGUCCUGAAGCCUUUGUUGAGCGGUUCCAUCCCCUUGGAGCAGUUCGUGCAGACCCUGGAGAAGCAUGGCUUCAGUGAUAUUAAGGUGGAGGACACAGCCAAGGGCCAUAUCGUCCUGCUCCAGGAAGCUGAGACGCUCAUCCAGAUUGAAGAAGACUCGACCCAUAUCAUCUGCGACAAUGACGAGAUGCUCAGAGUGCGACUGCGGGACCUUGUCCUCAAAUUCUUACAGAAGUUCUGAGUGGGCCAUCUGAGCCACUUCCCUGAAAUCCUGCAGUCCCUCACUGGCUGCCCUCACAAGCCACCUGAGGAGUGGCAUGAGAGGCCAUUAACUGUGCCUUUGUGGUGGUGUCCUCUGGCUUAAGGAAUGAAGAGGUGGCUCUUGAGGGAAAUGGUCUGGACUUAUUCCCAGCACUGUUUCAGGCAGGAACUUUCCCUUUCAACUUCAGGCUCAUUUUCUUCUCAACUCUGGCUCUCUCGAGGAGCUGGAGGGUGGCAGAAGUGGGACAGGAGCAGUUUUCCAAGAAGCUCAUGGGGGCCAGGGAGGCAGAGGUGACUGGCUGGCUGUCUCACAUGGGUCCCAGGCCUCAGGCAGGGGAGCCAGCCUUUGGCUUCGUUUACUUGCCUACAGUGCUGCACCCAGUAAGAUGAUCCCAAAAGAUGGUAAAGUGAACCCAUCUAUCUGCAUUUUCUACUCUCAGCCCAUUUGUUAAUAAAAACUUAUUUUUAUAUAA